AUGUCGAAUGUUCGCACUCCGCCCCCUUCGUACGGAGAAUCAGCACAAACUCCUGCUCCACCUCCGCUGGGCCGGCCAGAACUAUCACCUUUAACCCUAGAUGGCAAUCUGAUCUAUCCGGUCGUCCCUCCAACAACGGCUCUGUACGAGCUAACUCACGAGCUAGAUGCUGGAUACAGGAAAAUCGGAAUUUCCCGUCUUUGUCCCAACAGGAACACAGCCCAGCACGGGAAUGUAAGAGAAAAACAUAUAUAUGAUUUCUCACAACCUAUAUUUUCUUCUUCCGUUGAGAUAACAGGGAAAAGAAAGAGUUGCCUUUCCGCUGCUUUGUGUCUGCGUAUGUCUCGUGGUAUCAUUAAGAGAGGAUGGGAGCUCUUUCGGCUUCGUUUAAACGGACAGACGGACGAUCUGAUAUUUCGCAUAAGACCCAGACAUAGCCCGGAAAAGCAAGAAACGCUACAAUGGGAAGACGCAAACCAAUCUCUCGUUGCCAUUGAGACCGUCUGUAUACAUGGUGGUUCUAAUGUGAGGCCUGUGUUCCACAUUGUGUGUGAUAUGGAUGAUCGAUUUAUUGAUGCCCUGAUCACUGCCUGGUGUGCAAAAAUAUGGAUUGGACACCAAUUUGCUGCUGCAGCAAUGAGAGAUCCGGAAGGCGACAUGGGUGCGUCUCGUAAUUUUGGGAGUUGA